AUCACCAGAGAUAUGACCCCGAGAGCCACCACCCCGGCCUGCCGCACAACUACAUGGAACCGGCGCAGCUCCUACCUCCCGACGAAGUCGACGUCUUCUUCAACCACCUGGACUCACAGGGCAACCCCUACUACGCCAACUCUGCCCACGCCCGCGCCCGCGUCUCCUACAGCCAGGCACACGCCCGCCUGACGGGGAGUCAGAUGUGCCGGCCUCAUCUUCUCCACAGCCCCGGCAUCCCUUGGCUGGACAGCAGCAAGGCGGCACUCUCUGCCCACCACCACAACCCCUGGACCGUGAACCCCUUCACCAAGACCCCCCUGCACCCGUCUGCGGCCGGAGCGCCCGGGGCCAUCUCCGUGUACCCGGGCAGCAGCAGCUCCAGCACGGCCUCCGUCGCGGCCUCCCCGUCCUCCUCCGCCGGCGCCCGGCAGGAGGACAAAGAGGGCAUCAAGUACCAAGUGUCGCUGUCGGAAGGGAUGAAGAUGGAGAGCGCGAGCCCGCUGCGCAGCAGCCUCACCAGCAUGGGGGCCCAGCCCUCCACCCACCACCCCAUCCCCACCUACCCCUCGUACGUGCCGGCCGCCCACGACUACAGCAGCAGCCUCUUCCACCCCGGCAGCUUCCUGGGGGGCCCCGCGUCCAGCUUCACCCCCAAGCCCCGCAGCAAGGCCAGGUCCUGUUCGGAAGGCAGAGAGUGUGUGAACUGCGGAGCAACUGCCACCCCUCUCUGGAGAAGAGACGGCACUGGGCACUACCUGUGCAACGCCUGCGGGCUCUACCACAAAAUGAACGGUCAAAACCGACCUCUCAUUAAACCUAAGCGAAGGCUGUCAGCGGCCAGGAGAGCAGGGACUUGUUGUGCCAACUGUCAGACAACCACCACGACCUUAUGGCGACGUAAUGCAAACGGGGACCCGGUUUGUAAUGCCUGCGGACUCUACUAUAAAUUGCACAAUGUGAACAGGCCUCUGACCAUGAAAAAGGAAGGAAUUCAGACCAGGAAUAGGAAAAUGUCCAACAAAUCAAAGAAAAGCAAGAAAGGCUCCGAGUGCUUUGAGGAACUGUCCAAGUGCAUGCAGGAGAAAUCGUCUCCCUUCAGCGCUGCUGCCCUCGCCAGCCACAUGGCGCCCAUGGGGCAUUUGCCACCUUUCAGCCACUCUGGACACAUCCUACCAACACCUACCCCCAUCCACCCGUCCUCUAGCAUCUCAUUCGGACACCCGCACCCCUCCAGCAUGGUUACAGCCAUGGGAUAAGGCCCGGUGAGCAAGACACCCACCCAGAGAUUGAGACCAUGGGGCUUUGCCUAAGACAACACCAAGCGAGAAAAGGUUCUGCAAAGAGGAGAGCGUAGGAAUGGCAAAAGGAGAGCUUUGCGCCCACGUGGUGUAACUUUUAAUGCUGGACUAAAACCUUGCAAACGAUGGGUCUUCUGCAGCAACGCGGAGUGGUGCCUGUAAUGCACUUUGCCCCCUCAGGUAUAAGGAAAAAGAAGAGCUCACCUGUUUGAUAACUGAUGGUCCAGCAGAAAGCAGAAGGUGGCAGAAGCUGAAGAGGCUGGAACUGGCUUUCCUUUCUCUCUUUGUUAUUACUGUGAAUAUUGUAAAGAGAUAUUAGCAGUCUCCGAGGAUGGGAUCGGCUCACUGGAAGCCACACGUGCCGGAUUUCUAUCGUGGACUUUGUUUGGGGAGGG